AUGGAAUGUCGUAAUAUGGGACCAAAGAAUAAAAUUUUGGAUGACUUGAUGGAUAAGUAUAAAACAUCAUCAAGACGUAUUUAUCAGAUUUGGAGAGGUGAAGAAACUAAAAGAGUUGCUUGGGAUCAACCCAUACCUCAAUUCUAUAAUGAAAAUGAUUUGAAUCAAGAUAGUUGCGAAACUAUUAUGAGUAAGAAUACUCCUCAUAUAAAAUCUCAGCAGGAAGAAGUAAAGAUUCGGAAUCAGAGCUUCAUUUCUCCCGAAAUAGUUUCUAAUUCUCAUAUUGAUACAUACCAAAAUAAAGCCUCUCAAAGGGAGGGUGUCCAUGCAUCUAGAAAAAGAAGACCGAAAUCAAAACCUACUCAAAUAUCUUCUCCCCUUAUUUCUGAAAAUAUAGAUCAUAUAAAUUCAACAGAAUCUCGGAGUGAUAUUUCUUCUGCAUAUAUUUCAGAUGUGCACGAAUCAUUUAGAAGAGAAGUAGAAGGUGCUGAAAAAAUAUUAUUAAAAGCUGGACAUAAAAAACCACCUACCUUGUGA